UGUACAUUCAUCAAAACUGGCAAUCCCACACAUCGGUGCACCUUGAACAUUUGCCGCUUAUUGGUCGCUAGUUUUAAGGAGCUCACCCACAAACCUCAUGAUGAUGCAGAGAAGUCGCCAAUUAUUAUCGACAUUUUCGUCGAUACGUUUAUCUCUAGGACACUCUGGUACUGGACGUAAACUAUGUGACUCACUUCAUAGUAGAGGCUUUCAGGAUGAAGAAGUACAGAGGCUACUGAAGCGGAUUACAGGUCUUCAGCUAGAAAAGGUUUUCAAGCCUGCUAAACAGACCUUAGAGGCUCCCAGCUAUAAACUCGUCAGCUCCAAGAAAUUAGAAGAGAUGCGUCAAUCAGCGGAGGAGGAGGCUAGGAUGAGGCUUCAGAUGCCCCCCGUCCUGGAGGAGAGGACACCUAUAGAUGAGGUGCUGGAGGAGGAUGAAGGCUUGGCUGGUCUCGACACAGCCAAUGUGGUCUUCACAGAUAUCACGUAUGGACUCAACGAUAGAAAACGAUUUGUUGUUGUUCGAGAACCAAGCGGGAGACUUCGGAAGGCAACCUGGGAAGAAAGAGAUAGAAUCAUGCAAAUCUACAUCCCAAGAGAGAGGAGAGAAGUGGAAGUGCCACCUUUGUUCCAUGACGAACAACUUCCAGCUGUGUUUGCCAACGAGAGACAUGAGUUUCUGCUAGAUGCAGCAUGUGUGCAAUUUGAGCCUGAUGCAGCAGGAUUCUUGGCUGUUCAUCAAAAGGCCUAUGAAGACUUAGCCAGCACAGAAAUGUAUGAUGUCCUCCGAUCCACCAGGCACUUUGCUGGUAUGGCUUACUACUUCAGCAAACAUAAGAGGAUAGACGGCUUACUGACAGAUAUGAUUCAAAGAGAUUUGUUUGAUGAUGCAGUAGAUCUUAUCAGGUUAUAUAACAUCAUCCAUCCAACCAGUCCAGUAGCCCAGGAGGCACAAACUCUUAAUCUGGACUCCAUCGACCUCAUUAAGGCAUACAUCAGGUUGGACUCUCAUCACUCAGGGAAGCUAGAGCUAGCCCUACAAGCAUGGGAGAAUGCAAGGACACAACCAGAGGCACAGGGUGUGGCAGAAUAGUGGUCUCAUCAGCAACCGAGGUCUCGUCAACAACCAACUCUGGUGUGUGUGCCAUUGUGUGGAAUUAUAUGACAGGGAUGCCAGUUUUCAGGCCCUGGCGAGUUAUUUGCAGACCAUAGUUAAGGCUUUUUUGCUUACAAACUAGCUCAUUCUAGGUGAUUUUCUGGCAUCCCUGAUAUGAACUCUUUGUCCUACAAGCUUCUGUCCUGGACUUAUGUUCACAGACACUGUAUACGUAAUGAGAGUCAGCUAGAGCAGUUUGUUUCAUGUUCCACAAGUCGAGUAAAGUGAGAGAGAGUUUCAUGAGUACGGUCAUGUCCAGGGUACCUUGUGCCAUAUAUGAACGAUGCAUUGUCAUACAUGAUGGUCUUGUUCAUAGUCCUACCAGAGCACAAUGGUAACUGCAAUGUUGUACCCAUGCUGAUCCCCCUCCCCUCAGUUUUGUUCUCCACUAUCUUGAGGAUGUGCUGCCUAUCUCUCUGUCAUUGCUGAUUGAAAUCUGGGCCCUGUUUCAUAAAACUUGAUAUCAAUAACAAGUUACAAGCUACUGUUAUAAGCUACUGUUAUAAGCUACUGUUAUAA